GUACCUUUCCUUGGUAUUUAAAUGCUCACAUCUCUCUCGUUCCCUCUCUAUUUUCAAAACCCUAACAACUAUUCCAUUACUCUCUCAAAAAAACCUCCAAUUUCCCCCUCAAUUAAUAAAUAUAUGGAUCUCGAAUCCGAAGCCGGAGACAAAAUCCCAAUAGAAUCCAACUCCAAAACCCUAAUCGGAAGGGAAUUAGGGUUAGGGUUUGGCUCCUCGGCCACCGACCAAACCAUCUCACGCCGCCACCUCUCCCUCCGCCCAAUCGACGAACAACGGGUCGGAUUCGAGGUUAUGGGCAAGAAUCCGAUAUGUAUUUGUGAAGGAAUCGAUGGAGAGCGAAGAGUUUACAAGAAUUCGGAGAAGGGUGAGCUUAGAAUUGGGGAUAGGGUUUCUCUGUCGCUGAAAAAGCCAUGCUUUUGGGUUUUGAAGAGAAGGGAAAGGGAGAAUGAGGAGGAGGAGGAUGAAGAGAAGAGGAGGGUUUUGGAUGCUGUGGAGCGAAGGGAGAAGAGGACUUGCGAGAGGAGAAGAGAUAAGGAGGAGAAAAUGAAGGCGGUGGUUGUUGAUGGAGGAGAUGAUGAGGAGAUUGGGUAUGUGGAUGUAUCCGGGAUUGAUCCUGUUAAAGAGUUCGGAUUCUUAGUGAAAGGUCAUGAGUUUGAUCAGUAUCCUAAGAAAAGGAUUCUUGCUGUCAAGAACUGGAAUUGGUUUCUCGAUGAGCCAAACAAUGACAAUGAUGAUGAUGAAACCAUUGAUGAAGCAACCAGUUCCAAAGCAAAGAAGAGUAGAGUAAGAACGAAGAAAGGGGGUUCCAAUGAUGAUGAUGAUCAGGAGUGGGCUGGAGAAAGUGAGGAAGAAAACGUAGUAGUGGCGAAAAGAGGCAGUGCUAAGCGCCCUAAGUACUCCACUAGAUCGAAGGACCCCAAGAGGCCACGAAAUGAUGUUUCGAAAAAAGAUGCCAAGAUUCAUAAAGAUGAAAUUGAAGAAGAGGACGAAGAAGAUGAGACUCUUGGAGGCUUUAUUAUUGAUGAUGAGGGGGAGGAGGAAGAAGUAGAGGAUGAAGAAUCAGAGGAAGAAUUUGAUGAUGAAGAGGAAGAGGAAGAAUAGUAAGAAUGAAGACUAACUAGAGGAAGGGAGACACGACUCACUCUCACGUAACAUUACGUAUCAUGUUUGUAUUUGUUACCUUGUACAUAGUGCUAAUGUAGAAAAGUCUUUUGUUCUCUUAUCAUCCUGUUUCAGUUUCAGUUAAAUUUGAGUUAAUUGCGUUUUUCUUUUUUCUUU